UCUAGAAGCACGUGCGUUGGCCGCUGCCCGGAGCUUAUUCGACGCUUUGAUGUGGAUACCAGGAGGAUGUACGCAACACAUCCUCCUCGCCAAGCACUCUGAGAUCCCACCAUGACUCCGUGGAGCUUCAUUGACUAGCUGCCAGAGCUAUUUGCGCUAGAUUGGCACGCAGUUCGAAACAGGACCGAUACCAGAAAGGCAGACCCAUGUUGAUCCCGCUCGGCGCGUGUUAAUACAGUGGUCUAUUCCCGAGCAUCGCCUCUUGGGUUUCUAUCAAAUUGCCCCGUGCAGGUCAAUACUUGUCCCUAUUGCGCGUUUUGUGGUCAUAGUUUCUUUGGUUUCUUUCCUUUAUCUCCCGUCUAUUCCGUCUCUUAGUCUCUACGGUGCAGGACACCUAUUCUCUCAUUUCAGCAAUGGAUACUCGCUACCAACCAGAAGGCCUGUCCUUUGGCACAAAAGACACCUUCAGCCCUAAUUUCGAGAACAACGGACAAUUCCCUCUCCCACCAAACCAGCAACAACCUCAGUAUGCACCUCCACCUCAGCCUCAGCAUAUGAAUCAGCAGUACGGUCUGCCUUCCGGACCUCGUAUGCAAACUCCUCAGCAGCAAGGGCAGUAUGGUCUACCAUCUGGACCCCGUCAACAUUCUCCUCAAACAAGUCGGGAUGUGAACAACUACUCCCGUCUGUCCAACCCUCAGCAGCAACAGCAAAUGCCAGAGCAACAACAACAGCUACCGCCAAACCAAUACCAGCCGCAACCCCAGGUCGCAUCUCAACAGAACCAGUUCUCAUUCGAGUCUGGCGAGACUACUCGCACCAACACAUGGGCAGCCAACUCACCGGCAGCAACACCAGCGCCCAUGUACGCAUCUAACGGAGGAGGCUACUUCCCGGGCCCGGUUGAUGCUAACGGAUACCGCAUCGACACGAAGGAGAGGCAGCCAGAGCCGGAGAACCCUUUCAGAGACCCAGCUCUCCAGUCACCACCUCAGAUGGACGAGAUCGAUCUCGAGAAGCACAAGCAUGGCGAUGGCCAUUCGGAAUGGGACAAGCACACCAAGAUCCCCGGCAGGAAGGAUCCCAACCAGCCAUAUCUCACUUUCGGACAACGACUCAAGCACUACACAUGGGCGAACUACACCCUGACAAUGGCUACUGGUGGUCUCGGCACGCUUAUCGCCAUUCAGCCGCACGCUUUCCCCGGUCUCAUCACCAUCGGCGCCGUUUUCUACAUCCUCAACCUCAUGCUGUUCACUGCUGUCACAAUGACAAUGGUCCUCCGCUUCACCAAGUACGCUGGAUCCUUCAAGGAAUCCAUCAAACACGAACGUGAAGGACUCUUCCUCGGGCCAUUCUUCCUAUCGAUCGCUACAAUCAUCACCGGAACGCAGAAAUACGUCAUAGAAGCGUACGAAGAGGAUCACCCGAAUCGUGCGUGGGCAAUCACUACUAUGGCGGUCGCUUUCUGGGCAUACACCUUCAUCACUUUCUGCUUGGCUUCCUUCCAAUACUCGUUCCUGUUCUGCAGCCACACCUACAAGCUCACCAGCUUCAUGCCCUCGUGGCUGCUCCCCAUCUUCCCUAUCAUGCUUGCGGGUACAAUCGCCUCGGUCAUUGCCAAAUCACAGCCCGUAUCGUCCAGAAUGCCAAUCCUGGUUGCCGGACUUGGAUGUCAGGGUCUUGGAUUCACGGUUGCUAUUCUCAUGUACGCGCACUACAUUGGUCGUCUCAUGCAGGUCGGAUACCCCGAUCGGGAGCAUCGAGGAGCCAUGUUUAUCGCUGUCGGACCGCCUUCUUUCACGUGCUUGGCCCUGAUUGGUAUGGCCAACGCUCUUCCCGACGACUUCGACUUGCAGGGUGACGGUCUUGUCGACGCGAAGUUGCUCAGGACUCUGGCUCUCAUCGUCGCACUCUUCCUUUGGGUAUUGGCUAUGUGGUUCUUCAUGAUCACUCUUGUCGCCGUCAUCAACUCGUGGGCUGUCUACUUCCAUCUCGGAUGGUGGGCCAUGGUCUUCCCCAACACCGGAUUCGUCAUCGCCACUAUUUCCAUCGGCAACGCGUUGAAAGAUGAAACGGUGCUCUUCGUGGGGAACGGCCUCACCAUCGCCAUCAUUACGAUGUGGUGCUUCGUCCUAUUCAAGCAUAUCCAGGCCAUCUAUGUCGCCGACAUCAUCUACCCCGGCAUGGACGAAGAUAUUGCAGACCACUAAACGCCAAACACAGUAAUCUCAGCACCGUCGCUCCCCGCCAGGCGAUCCCUGCUUUCGACUUUGCUUUUAACGGCGUUUCUCUUCGGUUUACGUUUCUCUCACUCGUUAUACCACCACGCAUACGCCUGUCGUGAGUCAAAAGCCUCACGCUCCUUUUAUACCCCCAAUGUUUCCGCCAUCGCUUCUCCGUACCUUCUCCGAAGCCGCCAGCAGGUCUACAGGCUUCUUUCUUUAGACACCACACUCUCCAUCCAUUCCAACACUAGACCUAGGGCGCG